AUGCCCGUCGUUCCCAGCGACAAGCUGGUGUCACUUCAACAGGCGGCCGAUGGAAUUAGGAACAUCUGCAUUCUCGCCCAUGUCGACCAUGGCAAGACGUCACUCACAGACGCCCUCAUCGCCACCAAUGGCAUCAUUUCGCCCAAGCUCGCCGGCAAGAUCCGCUACCUCGACUCCAGGCCGGAUGAGCAGCUGCGCGGUAUCACCAUGGAGUCGUCGGCCAUUUCGCUAUACUUUUCACUACUCCGCCGGUCUGCGCCCGACGCCCAGCCCGAGCAAAAAGAGUUUUUGAUAAACUUGAUAGACUCGCCCGGUCAUAUAGACUUCAGCUACGAAGUCUCUACAGCAUCACGUCUGUGCGAUGGCGCCGUCGUGCUCGUAGACGCCGUAGAGGGCGUGUGUAGUCAGACCGUGACCGUGUUGCGCCAGACGUGGAUAGAGAAGCUCAAGCCUUUGCUCGUCAUUAACAAGAUGGACCGGCUAAUCACAGAACUGAAGAUGAGUCCAGGAGAGGCAUACACACAUCUGAGCAAGUUGCUCGAACAGGUAAACGCCGUCAUGGGCAGUUUCUAUCAAGGCGAGCGCAUGGAGGACGAUCUCCGGUGGCGCGAGAAGAUGGAAGAGCGACUAAACGCUGCAGCCGAAAAGACUGACACACGUUCAUCAUCCAUACAAGAGUCCGCUGAUAGCAUUGACAUGACCAACACGCCCGCUGAAUACGAAGAAAAGGACGACGAAGACAUUUACUUUGCCCCUGAGAAGAACAACGUCAUUUUUGGCAGUGCCAUUGACGGCUGGGCCUUUACGGUAAGACAGUUUGCGAGUCUGUAUGAAAAGAAAUUAGGCAUCAAACGUUCCAUCCUCGAAAAGGUACUCUGGGGCGACUUCUACUUAGAUCCCAAGACCAAGCGAGUGCUCAGUUCCAAGCAUCUUAAAGGCCGACAUCUGAAGCCCAUGUUCGUACAGCUCGUCCUAGACAACGUAUGGGCCGUCUACGAGGCUACUACGGGAGGUAGCAACGGGAAGGGAGAUCCUACCAUGGUCGAGAAGAUUACCAAGUCGCUCAAUCUCAAUGUCCCAGCACACAUUAUGCGGUCUCGCGAUCCGAGAGCACUCUUAAUGGCACUAUUUGCAGCGUGGCUGCCCUUGUCCACUGCCCUGUUGGUGUCUGUUACUGAGUACCUUCCUCCGCCUUCCAAAGCGCAAACCGAACGCAUGCCCGAUAUUAUCGAUAGCUCUCCUGGCGCCGACUACGUAGCUCCAGAAGUACGCGAUGCAAUGGUCAACUUCAACGCCUCCAAAGAUGCCCCCGUCGUGGCUUAUGUCAGCAAGAUGAUUUCCGUCCCGUCUAGCGAACUUCCACAAAACAAGCGGCGGGGCGGCGCACUCACGGCUGAAGAGGCAAGGGAGAUGGGUAGAAAGAAGAGAGCGGAGAUAGCACGGCAGCAGGCACUUGCAAACGGCGAGAAAGCAGAUGUCAGCAGCGUCACCGACGCUCUGGGCUCCACUACUAUCAGCGAGACUGAGACGCCUGUUGAAGAGACUCCUGUGCCUGAUGAAGAGGCAGAACAUUUGAUUGGAUUUGCCCGUAUGUUUUCGGGUACCCUUAGUGUUGGCGACGAGGUUUACGUUCUUGGACCGAAAUUCACUCCUGCAAAUCCUCACGCCGCUCCGGAGCCACAAAAGGUCAAAAUUACUGCUCUAUAUCUGAUGAUGGGACGUGGCCUCGAGCCUUUGACGACGGUACCCGCAGGUGUCGUUUUUGGUAUCGGUGGGCUCGAGGGCCACCUUCUGAAGUCUGGCACACUCUGUUCGCAGCUUCCCGGAUCGCUCAAUCUCGCUGGUAUUCAGAUGGGUAGUGAGCCUAUUGUGCGUGUUGCGCUAGAACCCGAGAACCCUUACGAUUUGGAUAAGAUGAUCAAGGGAUUGAAACUUCUCGUGCAGAGCGAUCCAUGUGCGGAGUAUGAGCAGCUGCCUAGCGGAGAGCACGUUAUUCUUACAGCCGGUGAGCUUCAUCUCGAGAGAUGUCUGAAGGAUCUCAAGGAGCGAUUCGCAAAGUGCGAGAUACAAGCUGGCGAACCAAUUGUACCGUACCGCGAGUCCAUUGUCGCCGCCGCUGAGAUGGCUCCGCUAAAAGACCCAAACCUUCCCCGAGGCACUGUCAUCGGAGAAACAGCAAGCAAGCACGUGUCCGUCAGGCUGCGAGUCCGCCCGCUCCCACAACCCGUAACCGAGUUCCUAAGCAAGAAUGCUGGUGCAAUCAAGAAGUUGUAUUCCGAACGCCGUGCUGAAGACGAAGGCGAACAUGCACCACACCGUGUUCACGGCGCCGAAAACGACGGCAUCCAAGAGGCAGAACAACGAGAAAUCGGCCAGAGUCUAAGUUUCGACGAGUUUAAGAAACAGCUCAAACAAGCUUUUGCAGAGGUCAAGGGUCAAAAGGAGAUUUGGACCGAUGUGAUUGAGAAAAUUACUGCAUUUGGACCGCGUCGUAUUGGCCCCAAUAUCCUCGUUGAUGCGACCAAAGAUGGGAUAUGUGGGAAAGCCCUCCGUGACUCCACCUCGCCCACCCCCGAAGAUACGCCCGAAACCACGUCAACCACAACCCUAACCCCCCACGUCUUCGCCUCCACAAUAGCUUACGCCUUCCAACUCGCCACCGCUCAAGGCCCCUGCUGCGCCGAGCCCGUCCAAGGCAUCGCCGUCUUCCUCGAAGACGUCACCCUCUCCCUCCCCCCCUCUUCCUCCGACUCCUCCGACGCAUCCGCCCACGACCGCGGCCGCCUAACCGGCGAAGUCAUAAAAGCCGUCCGCACAGCAAUCCACUCAGGCUUCCUCUCCUGGUCCCCACGCAUGCAUCUCGCAAUGUACAGCUGCGAAAUCCAAGCCUCAACCGACGUCCUCGGCCGCGUCUACGCCGUUCUCACACGCCGCCGCGGUACUAUUCUUUCGGAAACUUUGUCCUCUACUUCUUCGGCUAGUACCACGGGUUCUCAGACUUUCACUAUCAACGCGUUGUUGCCUGUAGCAGAGAGUUUCGGCUUCAGCGAUGAGAUUAGGAAGAGGAGCUCCGGUAGCGCGAGUCCGCAGUUGAGGUUCGCGGGCUUUGAGAUGUUGGAUGAGGAUCCGUUUUGGGUCCCGUUUACGGAGGAUCAGCUUGAGGAUUUGGGUGAGUUGGCGGAUAGGGAGAAUGUGGCGAAGAGGUAUGUGGAUAAGGUGAGAAGGAGGAAGGGGUUGAGGGUGCAGGGUGAGAAGGUUGUUGUUGAUGCGGAGAAGCAGAAGACGUUGAAGAGGUAG